AUCACACGCCUCAUCACCCGUCGCCCUCUCCCCCCCACCCUCGAUUUUUUCCCUUUUCCCUUCCCUUCCCUUCCUCCCCUCUCCCCCGUCCCCGUCUCGUCUCUUCGCUGUUACAAAUCGCAAUUCCCCAAUCCAAACAUAUUCCCCUCCCUCCCGCAGCCUCGCCUCGCCUCGCCUCGUCGCCGCCGCGCCGCAGCCCAGCCAGCUCACUCCCCGCUCCCCCGCCGCAGGACCGCUCCUGCCCCGGGCGGCGGCUGCGGCAGCCGUGGAUAAGGUUGUCCGAAGUAGCUGAGGGGUUUGCUGAUGGCCGGUGCCUCAGCAACCGAUGAUUCUUCCGCGAGCACGGCUGGGAUGAGGGACGACGAUCGCAGCCUGUCCGGCGAGUCCUUGUCGGAGUGGCGGUCCUGCGACCAGGGCGAGAGCGGAAGCCCUUCGACAUCCCCGCCAUUUUGGGACACUGAUUGCGACGACGAUGAUCCUGCAGGCCCCAAACCUUCAGAAUUAUACGGUCGGCACACUUGGAGGAUCGAGAAUUUUUCCAAGGAGAAGAAGAGAGAGAUGAAAAGUGAGCCAUUUGAGGCUGGUGGUUAUAAAUGGUAUAUACUUGUAUACCCGCAAGGAUGUGAUGUCUCCAAUCACUUGUCAUUGUUUCUUUGUGUUGCUAAUCAUGACAAACUCCUACCAGGAUGGAGCCAUUUUGCACAGUUCACUAUAGCUGUAGGCAAUAUGGAUCCUAAGAAAAUUAAAUACUCUGAUACUUUGCAUAGGUUCUGGAAGAAGGAACAUGACUGGGGUUGGAAAAAGUUUAUGGAGCUGUCAAAGAUCCAGGAUGGUUUUCUCGUGGACGAUGUUCUUGAAAUAAUUGCUCAAGUUCAAGUUAUCAGGGAGAAAGUGGACAGACCAUUUCGUUGCCUUGAUCGUCCUUAUCGAAGAGAAUUGCUCCGUGUCUAUACAACCAAUAUAGAACAAAUUUACCGACGUUUUAUCGAGGAACGAAGAAAUAAAAUUACCAAGCUCAUUGAGGACAAAAUUAGAUGGUCCAGUUUUCGUGCAUUCUGGUCAGCAAUUGACCCAAGAACCAGGCACCGUAUGUCCAGAGAGAAGACUGAUACCAUACUUAAAGUAUUGGUGAAGCAUUUCUUUGUAGAGAAAGAGGUUACUUCAACAUUAGUGAUGGACUCUUUGUAUACGGGUCUGAAGGCACUCGAAUACCAGAGCAAGGGCAAGAAAGGGAGAACAAAAAUAGCAGAAUUGGACGAACUACCUGCACCCAUGGUCCAUGUUGAUACGGACAUAUUUGUUUUGGCUAGUGAUGUUAUAACUUUACUUGAGAAAGCAGCCUUGGAACCCUUGCCUUGUCAACCAGUAUCUCCAAAGGAUGACAAAUGUUCCCAGAGCCGCAUGAAGGAUGGUAGUUCUGGCGAGGUUAACAAAAUCUCUAUGGAGCGCGAAGAACGACGCCUAACUGAGCUUGGGCGGAAGAUACUUGAAACAUUUGUGCUAUCUCACAUAUUUAGUGGAAUUGAAGUUGCAUACCAAGAAGCUGUUGCUUUGAAGAGGCAAGAAGAGCUAAUCCGUGAGGAGGAAGCAGCAGGACUUGAAAAUGAGACGAAGGGAAAGCGUGGCGGUGGUGCAAAUGAAAAGGACAAGCGUGCAAAGAAAAAGCAGGCUAAACAAAAGAAGAACAACCGUAAGGUUAAAGACAAGGAAAGAGAAGAUAAAUCUGAAGCAAGAAUUCUGGAAAGACUUAACGACGAAACCACAAUUGAUGACAGUGAUGGCUUACCAUCUAAGCAGGCCGAAGAAGUGGCACUGAAGGUUGGCCUAACCUUGGAAGAGAGUGCUUCAGAUGGGCCAGACCAUUUGGACAGUUCUAGACCUACGAAUGGAAAGAGAGUCUCCUCUAUGGAGGCUAAUAACUCAUCAGCAUUUUCGACUGAUUCUACCGCUGUGAAUGGUAUUCACAGCAAAAUAAACAAUUUGCCAGACAGCAGGAAUCACUUGUCACCGAAUAGAGGAAAAAAUCAGCGUAACAAGGGCAUAAGCAUUAUCAGCUACACCGAAGAAGAUGAUUGCCUUCCGUCCUCCAGUGUUACUGGUAGUUCAGAUCGCAAUAGUUCUGGCUGUGGUACUGCUCCAAAAUUGGACCGGGAUACUGUUCUACUCACCUUGAAAGAUAGACUUCGUGAGCUGGGGCAGCGUCUGCAUGAGAAAAACAUCGAGGGGAGAAAACUUUUCAAAGCUCAUUUUGAAGCAAUGGAAUCUCAAACAAAGACAAACGGGUCGUCCUCAUCUAGUUCUACGGAGAAGCCACCUGAUGUUCUGAAGAGCCCGGACCAUUCGCCUGAAGUUAUGGACGAUGUAAAAGCCAAUGAAACAGCCUAUAAGGAUGUCCCUCUGGCCAAUUGUGUGCCAGAAGAAGCUGUUUCAGGCACACCAGCCACCUCGAGUACUGAAGCUGUGCCUGCUAAGGCCCCUGCCAGGACAAAGGUUGACCCAGUUUCAAACAAAGAUCAUGGAUCAAGUUUGACACCACAACCCGAUAAAGAUGUUCCUCUUCCUUCAAGAUCAACAAAGGUCCCUCCUAUUGGCUCAAAAUCAACUCCAACUGAUACAGAUAAAGAUGUUUCUCUUCCUUCAAGAUCGCCACGAAUCAAUAGAGCUGCUCCAGUUCCCCCCAAAUCGCUUCCAACUGAUAAAGCUACUCCAGUUCGUCCAAAAUCUCCACCAACUGAUAAAGCUACUCCUGUUCCUCCAAAAUCUCCGCCAACUCAUAAAGCUACUCAAGUUCCUCCAAAAUCUCCGCUGACUGAUAAAGCUACCCCAGUUCCUCCAAAAUCUCCGCUGACUGAUAAAGCUACCCCAGUUCCUCCAAAAUCUCCGCUGACUGAUAAAGCUAUUCCAGUUACUCCAAAAUCUACACCGACUGAUAGAGGUACUUCAGUUCGUCCAAAAUCUCCAGUACCUGCUAAAGCUGCUGUGGUUCCUCUGAAGUCUCUAGCGACCGAUAAAGCUAAUCUGGUACCUCCAAAAUCUCCAUCAGCUGGUACAUCUUCUCUAGUUGCCCCCAUAACACCACCAUCUGCUAAGGAUGCUGGCACUCCUUCAAGAUCACCGCAAGUAGAUAAAUCCAUACCAGCACCCCCAAGACUACCACAAGUUGAUAAAGCUGCUCCACUUCCCUCAGGAUCACCACAAACUUCUUCCACCGCUUAUUCUGAAGCUCGGGAAGAGGCUACUCCAAUGAAGGUCACAUCCACCAGAGUAUCUGAGGUUGCUGUCACAACAUCAAGGCCUUCAAGUGCUCCUGUAUUCCCUACACCAAGAACAACUGUACCAGCUACCCCACAAGUUCAAGUUUCUACAUUUCUUUCGCGCUCAGCGAGUGAAGCAGCUGGAAGAUCAGGAAAUGAUCCUUCCCCUUCAGCCCCAGCGUAUGUUCCACAGACCUACCGCAAUGCCAUCCUUGGUAAGCCUGGUGUGGUUACAACCUCUUCAAAUCUUUCAUAUCAGCCAACUACUCUGGGGCAAGGUACUGCCCUUUCACAGCCGCUGUCAACAUAUGCAUCUACUGCGUCAUUAAUGAUGCCUCCUGCUGGGAGAAACGAUCAGUUGUUGUCAGCUAGGCAUGGAUUUAAGUCUGGGUUGGGGAAUUCAGAUACACUUGAUAGUUGGCAACCAUGGAAAAGUGAUAGUAACAUCAACAAUCAUGUCUGGAGGGACGACUCACCUUACCAACGGACGACAAAUGGUCAUGCGUAUCAACAAACUUGGAAAGAUGAUGCUUAUCAACAGACCCGGGGUACUGAAACAGAAAACUUCAGCAGGUUUGGAGGAUUGCAACCACCUAGACCGACUCCCGUCAGUUUUGUCAUGCAGCAGCCACAGGCGCCAGUUGCUGAAGAAUAUCAGCACCUUGACAUCAUCAAUGACUUACUCAACGAGGAACAGAGCAAUGGCAGUACGACAGAACCUACACACCAUGAUUACCAUGCCUAUGGUCUGCCAUUUUCGCUGAGAGGCAACAUAGCAGAUUCGGAAAUGGCUUCUGUCAGCAGUCUCGGGCGGUUUAGCAGAGGCAACAUAGCAGAUUCAGAAAUGGCUUCGGUUAGUAGUCCUGGACGGUUUAGCAGAGGCAACUUGGCAGAUUUGGAUAUGGCUUCUGUCAGUAGUUCGAGGCGGUUUAGCAGAGGGAACUUGGCAGAUUCCGAGAUGUCUUCUGUCGGCAGUCCUGGGCGGUUUAGCAGAGGCAGCCUGGCAGAUCCGGAGAUGAUGGCUUCUGCCAGCAGUCCCGGUCGGUUUAAUUCCACUGACCGGUACUAUGGCGAUGGGUACUCGAGGGCCUACGACAUGAGCCCUCUCCAGGGGGCGAGGGAGAUGCAGUUCUCCUCGCUGGACACAUACGCCACCAACGGUGGCCUGUCUGACAUGAGCCCCUCGAAGCCUUGGCUGUACGGACAUGGCGGCUCUGCCAAUCCGUCGUCGAUGAAUCUCGGAUCGUUGAGCGCAAAUGGGUUCCCGCAACAACACCACCAGCUGGGGGACUACAGCAACCUGGUGAGUGGGCUGAACGGUGUCUCUGCGGCCGCGUAUCGCCGCCAGGCGAACAACGGACGCUGGUAAUGCGAUGAUAUGAUGCUGCAGCCUGUAUACAGUCUUACAGUGGAAGAAAAUAAUGCUUGUUGUAACAGAUGCUUGUGCCGCCAUGAUGGCAUGUAAUUCGAAAACCUUUAGCUUCAAUUAAAAGGGGAGAAAAGAAAAAGGGAUACAGUUUACAUUCUGUAAA